GCUAGCAGCCCUAAACACCGUCUUUUUGGGCUUAUAAAUAGCAGAGACCGUUUUGCAUUAUAUCCCACAACCGCAAAUCUUCACGUGCUUUGCAUUUCGAAGUUCUUCUUUAUCUGUUUGUUUCCUUCUUUCGUUUUCACUCUGCAACUGCAAACCUUAUCUACUGCUGCUACCUAUCUGUGUUGUUUUCUUGGGUGUCCUUUUGGGGUCAGUAGAGUUUGCUCCCUCUUUUUGUUUGGUGUCUUUUCGUUUCAGUGUGGUCGUUGUUGUAGACUGCUAAAGAGUAGUUUUGUUCGUUGGUUGACAAAGAAAGCUUAAAAAAUCUAUCUUAGCAUGGAAAACAAAAGGCAAGUCGUUGCUUCUUCUUUUGAUCAUCUUUUUGGUCCUAAAGACUCUUCCUCUUCAUCAUCCGCCUCAAGUGGGAUAUUCGAGUCCAUUUUUCCUCAUCCAUCAAAGGUGCCAGCUGGGAGGGACUCUGGAGUUAUGGAAAGUCAUGGUGGCAGGGGAAAAUAUGCGAAUCGAGGUUGUUCUCUGAUCAGUUCUCUAGGCUUGAUAUGGAUGCUAUAUAAUUUUUGGUUGUUUUCAGAUAAUGUCGCUCAGAAAGCCAAGGGAGAGGGCAGUGGCAAAGGCAAGAGUGUAGUUUUUCAGAAUGAAACACCAGAACCAUGCUACCUCAGCUCGUCAAUCUACUACGGUGGUCAAGAGAACUAUUCUCCAAGAACCAAGAACUCAGAAUAUCAACAUGUUUUCAAGAAAGAUGAUGAACAGGAAAAUCCCAAUGGCAACGAUCCGAACAGUGCUUCAAGGGGGAACUGGUGGCAGGGUUCACUCUAUUAUUAGGCAUCUAGCCCCAUUUUAUCAAGUGCAGAACACCAACAAAUUGAGGAAUUAUGACUAUGAGAUCCCUCAAUAUAGACCAUGGAACUAAGAAGCUAAUAGAGAUUGGUAAAGACUAGUACAGCUUAAUAUGGAAGGCAGGACAAGGAGGCAUAUUGUUGGGUUCUUUUUUUCCCAACUAGUUGUAUGCACGAGUUGAUAUAUUGCUGUGGGAGUUUUAUGCUUUCACUCCUUGCAGAAUCUUGUAUGUUAACCAAAUCCGUCAAGUAGUCCAGUCAUGAACUAAAUAUUAUUCUACCUGUCUUUGGACUGUUAUGCUCUAA